AUGGGGCAGGAGAGUUCCUUUUAUAGGCAACUCUCCCCCAAACUAUCCUAUCCCCACCGAUGUGGGAUGAAAAAUUUUAACAAACUUCAACAGGUGAUGGUGGUAGAGCAGGAUUUUGUUGACAUAUUGCUUGAUUUCCAAAAAGAGAAUGAGAGUGGCACUCCUGUGGAUGAUGACACUAUCGAAGCUAUCAUCUUGGCCAUGUAUGCUGGUGGGACCGAUACUACAUCCACGGCACUUGAGUGGGCGAUGGCAGAGCUGAUUAGAAAUCCAACCAUCUUGAAAACACUACAAGAUGAAAUCAGAGAAGCAGUGGGAAGCAAGGGCGAAAUAGAAGAGAGAGACUUGGAGAAAAUGUCGUAUUUAAAAGCAGUGGCUUAAGAGAGUUUGAGGCUUCACUCACCAAUU